GACGGCCGGGUGUAUGUGUGUGUCGCUUACCCGGGGAAGAAAUGGCACCAGGAUGUACUAUGGGAAGAAGGCAAGCUGGUGGAGGAAGUGUGAUACUCUAGGCAAUGUUCUGCUGGGAAACCUUGAGUCCUGGCAUCCAUGUGGAAGUUACUUUGACCUUUGUACCACCUACCUAAACAUUGUUACAGACCAUUUACACCCCUUCAUGGCAACAGUAUUCCCUAAUUCCAGUGGUCUCUUUCAGCAGGAUAAUGCGCCCGGACACACUGCAAAAACUGACACAUGACAAAGAGUCCAGGUCGUUGACUUGGACUCCAAAUUCCCCAGAUCUCAAUCUGUUCGAGCAUCUCUGGGAUGUGCCGGACAAACAAGUCCGAUCCAUGAAGACCCCACCUCCCAACUUACAGAACUUAAAGGAUCUGCUACUAACAUCCUUGUGCCAGAUACCACAGCACACUUUCAGAGGUCUUGUGGAGUCCAUUCCUCGACGGGUCAGAGCUGUUUUGGUGACACAAGCGGGGACCUACACGAUAUUAGGCUGAUCAGUGUAAGAGUUCUUGUGUGAUACACGGUUUUUUAUUUAUUUAUUUAUUUUAUUAUUUAGAAGUGUUUCAGAUAAUCGAAUAGCAGUGAGGCAACACCCCCUCAGUCCAUCCCACGCUUUACAUCAACCUCAGAAGUGCCAUACAGUACUGGCGAAUGAAAAAGCAGUGUCUCACUUGGGAUAUUUUUAAUCUUUCCGAGAAGACAGGGUGAGAAUUGGUGGAUUUUUCUCAAUCUGGCAACCGCUUCACCAACACAUACUUCUUCUCUCUCUCGCUCCAGCGCGGACAUUUGCGCGCACAGCUGGAGCGCACAUCACCAGACGCACGUUACCACUGCUUUCUGAAGUAACACACAGGACUAGUUCUACUACAGUGACUACAGACAUGUUGGACCACACGAGCCAAAGAGACUUAUUUGGGAUUUUACUUGCUUUAUUGUGUUUUUGCCUGGUACAAAUGCCUGGUACAUGUGCUGCAAACUCUCUGCAGCCUGAGCUACCUAGCACUCAACCUGCUCCUAAUGUGACAUCAGCUCCUCUCAACAUUACAGAUCACCGUGAUUGUCCCAUUAAAAUACAGCCUGUUAAAUUAGUGGUGGAGUUUGGAGCUUCAGUCUCAGCUAUCUGUUCUACAACCAUCGCCCACAAAGGCAUGGGCUGGGAGGCAUCUCAGGGAGCAGUAGACAUGAUGCAAGAGGUCCAGAACAUCACCUGGAGGGUAGAGAGCCUCACGCACUGGGACAUGAAACCAAUUUGCUACAUAAAUGUAAACUCCCAGCAGUGCGAACUCGGGCCCUCAGUUACUAUUUACAAGCGUCCAGACCGGGUGUCCAUCAGCACCGUGAAUCACACAGGGCCGAUGAUUGAAGGCAGAGAGUACGAGCUCCAGUGUGAUGUUCAGAAUGUAGCUCCUGUUCAUCUCCUCACUGUGAACUGGUACAAAGGACAACAUCUAGUGAAAGCAGAAAUCUUUUCUGAUAAGAGGCCAUUUCCAGCUAAUAAAAACACAACACUUCAGAUCUCCCCGCGCAGAGAUGAUGAUGGAGUUCAGUACAGAUGUGAGGCAGAACUGAAUCUGGGACCAGAAGGACCUCAACCUCCUCCUAAAGUGACAUCAGAUCCUCUCAACAUUGCAGUGUAUUUUGGACCUGAGCUUUCAAACUGUCCUGGUGUUGUACAUCUGAAUGAGGGAGCGAGUCUGGCAGGCUACUGUAUUGUCACAGGAAAACCAUUACCUAAAAUCCACUGGAAGAGAGAGGAGUCUGUAAUUGACCCUGCCACUCCACUUAAUAGGAACUCAAGUGGAGAGUACAAAAUCAUCAUCAACAAGAAUGUUACUUCCCUGAAGGUGGAAGUGAUAUAUGGACCAGAAAUUUCAUGUGGACACCAUUUUAUAGUCCAAGAAUAUACAUAUUUCACACCCAACUGCACGGUUAACGGUUUUCCACAGAUUACUGAGAAUUGGUAUAAAGAUGGAGACGACAUCCUGUCAGAGUUCCCACAAACUAUGUACAGGAAUGCUGCAGGGAGUUACACCCUAAUAGCAAGCAACAAAUACUCCAACGUCAGUCAUGUAAUACAAAUCGAGGUCUGGUAUCCACCCUCGGAGAUUUCAGAGCUGCAGAAUGAAAAUGUAUCUAUUGGCAAAGAUGUGGUGCUCAAGUGCGCUUCUAAUGCCAACCCUCGGCCCAGCUACAGAUGGAUCUACCAUCAGACAUCUAAUGUACGUAUCGUGGACGAAGAUGGCGUGUCUAUGCUGCACAUAACGAAUGCUGAUGGAGAAAACAUUGGCACGUACACGUGCAUUGUCACCAAUGAUUUGGGAAUAAAGAACAAAACGGUCAGAGUUGAUGUUCAAGGUGCAAAGGCCACAUGUCCACUUUCUAUCAACCCGCAACCUGUAGUGUUGGCGUAUGGCAGUUCUCAUAAUGUGACAUGUGAAUCAUCUGUGCCUAAUGCAAGCUUGAGUUGGAAAUAUGCAGACAAAGUGCUUAAUGAGAGCACCUUGGUAAUUAACUCUAACUUGUUCACUGAUAUGCUGGGCUGGAGUGGAAAAGCAUCAUGCCUUGGACAUUUUGUGGGACUUGACGAUUGUCAAAAAGAUUUAAAUGUUAUCAUUUACAAGUGUCCAGACAAGGUGUCCAUUAGCACCUCGAGUCACGCAGAGCCGAUGAUUGAAGGCGAAAACUAUACACUCCAGUGUGACAUUCAGAAUGUCGCUCCUGUUCAGUUCCUCACUGUGAACUGGUACAGAGGACAAGAUCUAGUGAAAAGUGAAAGGGUUUUUGAGACCAAGGAUCUUGCUACUAUUAAUACGACACUCGUGAUCUCCCCAAGCAGAAAGGAUAAUAAAAAACAGUACAGUUGUGAAACAGUGCUGAAACUGGGACCACAAAGCCCUUGUGAAAAUAAAUCAGAUCCUCUCAACAUUGCUGUUCAUUACAAACCGGCUAUAACGGAUAAAUUGCCACAACGGGUCCCGGUCUUUCACGGCUAUCCGGUGGUGCUUAUUUGUGAGGCCAGUGGGUAUCCAGAGCCCUCUAUCGCAUGGAUCUUAAACAACAAUAGAUUCGAAGGUGGAAACCUGACAGUGAAAGAUAACAGCGGUGAAUACACCUGCAUUGCAAACAAUUCUGUUGGGAGUGACACCAGAGUGGUCCAGGUAGUCCAGAAAGAUGUCAGUUGCAAGCUUGUGCUCAAGCCCCCUGAACUGCUGGUGAAGUACGGAGCUUCAGCUUCGGUGGAUUGUUCCACUACAACUCCAAGCAACCACACAGGCAUGGGCUGGGAGGCGUCUCAGGGAGCAGUGGACAUGAUGGAAGAUGUCCAGCUCAUCACCUGGAAGGUGGACAACCUCGUGCACUGGGAAAUACAGCCUGUUUGUUUCGUCAACACAUUGGCAGGGCAGUGUCAAAUCAAGCUCCCAGUAACUGUUUACAAGUUUCCAGACCAGGUGUCCAUCAGCACCGUGGGUCACACAGGGCCGUUGAUUGAAGGCAAACAGUACGAACUCCAGUGUGACAUUCACAAUGUUGCUCCUGUUGACCUCCUAACUGUGAACUGGUACAAAGGACAACAUUUGGUUGCAAAAACCUCGUUUUCUGACUCCACCAAGACUCCAGUGAAUCAGUCCACCAGAUUCCACAUAUCCCUGAACAGAGCUGAUGAUGGAGUUCGCUACAGGUGUGAGGCGGAGCUGAAACUGAGCAGGACGAAAGCUGGAACUCAAGCUUCUUCCAAAGUGGCAUCACAGGUUCUUGGCCUUACUGUACAUUACCGUCCACAGGCCACCAGCGUAGUAGAGAUCUUCAACGAGACAACCAAAGUCGUCGCAUUGAACUGCACAGUGAAGGCAAAUCCUCCUCCGAGGUAUACAUGGAGCUCAACAAAUCUGGGGAAGGAAUUUAAUAUAGGCCAUCCAGUCCUCAACAUAUCAUCUAUGGGAUCUGGGAACUACACUUGCACAGCGUCGAAUGGAAUCGGCAGCGUCAGCAAACUGUUCGUUGUUAAAGCUAAACCUAGAGGUGGAAAUCGUACCACUUUUUGGGCGAUUGUUGGACCCUUUGUCGGACUGGCUGUGGUGAUGAUCGUCGGUUAUGUAUCGGUCAAAACGAGGACUAUCAAGAAAUGAGCCUUCGCAAAUGUUCUUACCAAAGCAUUUCAGCGUUUACUUUCAUAGGAUGAUCACCUGAAUUUACCACUUCAGAGACAAUCAUUCGACUAGGUUGUGUUUGAGUCAACACUGGUGGUUUCAUCAUGCGAAUAAGCACCACUGUUAGGGAUGGAAAAGCUUCUCAGUGAAAGAAGUUUCCAGCUAGCAUCCUAAAGGCUUUUUGGUUUGAUCCUUUGUGGGGGAACAAAACGUCAAGUAGAGCAGACAAUCACUCCUAGAACCCUCAAGGAACCCUCGAGGAACCGUUUUUUCUUAUUUUCAAAGAGUGUAUGGGCAGGUAGAUCCAUAUCUCCAUGUUUUUACUGUGAAUGUGCCUCAGCAGCCUCGUAAACGGCAGCAUUUGAGUCCGGUGUCCUAGUUUUUUGUUUCAUUCUUUAAUACUCAAUUUUAUUUAUCUUGUAUUGAAGUCAUUAUUUAUUAGAUGUGUAUUAUUAUAUUAGUGUGGUUUCAGACUUGUUUAACCAAAGUUGCUGUAAGUGUGUAAGCCCUCGAUUUUACUCAAGCUUUCUCACUUAAUCUCAAUUUCAAGCUUCUGUAUCCUGUGUGCAUAAACCAAGAGUUAACGCUAAACGCUGUCCUGAGUCAUUGUCAUUAGUAGGCUCACUCUGGGAAUUCAUCACUUAGUGACUCAUUACUUUUGUUCUGUCGCAGAAAGAUACGGUGGUCAUUUAUCCUGUGUUUCGAUAUACGUUCAUUUCUCUGGCUAUUUCACAGCAAGUGAGUCACUUCUACGUAGGUCUGCACUGCUGAGCCUUUCAUAGCACCUCAUUUAGUGAAACUCUUCCACUGUAUUUAACAUACUGUAAUUCUUUUCUCAUUUCUUUUCCUUAUUGAAGUAUUAAGAAGUAAAGGAACCUUCUAUUCAACUAUGGAUCUUUUCCAUCCAAAUAUAUUUAAUCCAGAUCUUGCCUAAAUAUUAAUGUGGUUGCAAAAGAUUGUACUUAUUUUUAAUCAAGUACACCUUCCACACAGGGCACUUUAUAGUGUACGUUUAUUUACUGACUGUAGCCUAUCUGCUGCUAUGUACGGCACCACUAUAAGACCAUCGCUUAGCAGAUAUUACUUGGGAAUUUCGAGCACAGCAGUGAUACUGACAUGGUGGUGUGUGUUGCUGGUACAAGUGUGUGUACUGGCCAGUAUUGGCCAGUGUAUUAGACAUACCUACCUUGUGGCUCUUUCAUUUCAUUUUUUUCCCCCUUGUAAUAAUUGUGUCAAAUCCCAGCAAAACACACUUUAAGAUGUGAAUCUUAAGAUGUAAAAGAUGUGAAUACUUCUGAAAAGUACUUGAUUCUAUUUGUUGUUUUUUUUAAUUAUUAUUAUUAUUAUUAUUAUUUUUACAUUGCAGUGUAUUUUAUGGUUUUAUCUGUUCAUUAAAAGACAGAAAGAUGUUUGGCGUGCACUAGAAUAGAAAUAAUAACUCACAACGGUACAUCAAAGUAUUAACAUGCUCACAAUGCAUUGUCUUUUGUGCGUUUUUAGUCUUCUUUUUUUUUUUUUUAGUCUUUUACUGUAGUAAAUUGGUUAUUCGGUUUCAUUUGAAAUAUUCUGAUAAAUAAAAUACUGUUCUUGUUGUUAAGGAAUUCGGUAUUAUUUAAUUAUUAUUUUUUUUAAAAAUUUCCACUGUGGAACAAAACUGUCUCGAGGAAAUGUAGCACACUCGUUUGUUUUUAAAAUUCAAGUGCAGUUUAAAAAUAAUAAAAAAAAAGGUAUAUUUAAUCCUCGCUCCCAUAAUGGACGCGAAAUCGGCUGCCUUUUUAGUUGAGCACAUUUUUGGAGGUCUUACUCACUCACACUCAUUCAUGCCUAAAGGAUAUUUAUCUUCACCAGUCCACAUGCUGACAUGUAUUUGGAAGAUGAAAGUGAAUUAGCGGAAACCCACACAAACACAAGGACAUAUUGUGUACAGUCCAAUAAAAAUAUGUUUUAUGGACUGAUAAGGCUCAUUCAUAGUUUAGCACUAAUACCGGCAGUGACGCCAACGUUUGUGUUUAGCUCUGUUUGUAUUUCAGUCAGAAUGUAUAUUUCUUCAUUUUGCUUAUGAUCAACUGAUGUAAAGUCAUGUGACAUCUCUCCGAGGUGAGUUGAUUCACUCUCGGUAAGUAAAGCUAUUCCCACAGUCUUACACUGACCCUGCGUGCAGUAUACUCUACAGUAAUUCUCAUGUGGCUUUUUAUAACUUUUCUCUCAGCUUGGUAAGACACACAUCCUGUCCUCCCAAAUAACUCCUUAUUUGACACACUUUGACUCCCCACAUGUAACACGGGAGCAGCUGCGACUCCUCACAAUCUCACAAGUCCCCCAUUUUUCCUUGUUACUACUUAGUAUUUCCAAUUGUGUAAUAAACAUCUGUAAAAGACAUAUAAAGAGGAAAUGGCUUUUGACUGUUAAAAGGAAAUUAAGAAAAAGAAAAAAAAGUCAUAAAAUGGCUAAACGCAGAAAUUAAAUUCAUUAAUAAUAAGACAUUUUUUUUAAUAUAGUUAUAACUAUAAGUAGAGCACUAUUUUAGCAAAAAUGGCACACUAUUCCAUUAGAGACUAGUAUCAUAACAGACUGAAUGCCGUUUGUUUCUGCAAAUGAUUGGUUAGUUGACUUGCACCUGAUUCUUUGCAAGAGUCAUGAUGACUAACGACAUACCAUACCAGACAUACCACAGUAAAGCAUUAAGUCUGGAAAUAAUCACGGAAUUUGG